CAAACAAUUAUUUGGAGGCCAGUUUCACGAUUUAGUUUAAGCAAAUUCAAGUAUCACGCCCAGACUGAAUUUUGAGUCGACUCUUUUCGUCAAACGACUCGGCACACCAGGAAAAAUCAAGAUGGCGAACAUGGACGCGUUAGCCAAAACAAUAGCGAAGGAUUAUGUAGAUGAUAUGGAGAGCUCUGACAGUGUGGAUGAAAAUGAAUGUGUACCUGGUGAAGAUGGAGCUAAAAAAGCAGAUAACGUGGAUUUUGCCAGGGUGGAAAAACACAAGAAAAGAAAGCACAAACAUCGAAGCAAGCACAAAAAGCAUAAAUAUUCUUCACCAGAUGAGAGAGACCAAAAGCACAAAUACAAACACAAACAUAAGCGGAAACACAGAGACUCUUUUCGCGAUGACAGAGAAUGUUCUGCUAAGUAUGAAGGUGCAGUCGGCUCUCCAAAGCGAUUCAGACUUGAUGACCUUGCUGCUCUGGAGGAUCUGGAGAAACAGAGGGCCAUGAUUCAGGCAGAGCUUGAUAAUGAGCUAAUGGAAGGGUCUGUGCAGUCAGGUAUGGGACUGAUAUUACAGGGUUAUAACUCCGAUUCAGAGGAUGGGGAGGUCCAGGAGGCUGCGCGAAAUGGUGAGCCACAGAGAAAAGAUCUUUAUGAGCAUGUAACGGUUAAGGGGAAUGGUGGAAAUGUGCAACAGGAUUAUGUAAACCAUGAACAAUUUUAUUCUGUGCUUGAAGGCAGAAGCAAAUCUGAGGAGGAGACAGUUCAGAGCCAUAAAUCUGAAAAAAGAGAGAGUAUGACUGGGUUAGAUAUUAAAAUCAGUGAGAGAUCUAGUGGUCCCAGUGAAGCGAAGGAGAGGAGACGAUCAAGGAGCACUGACAGAUCCAAAGAUAGAAGUCGUAGGUCCAAAUCUCCUGUGAAAUCCAAGGAAGCGCCAUCUUCAUCAGCCAAAAGCAACAGAAAAUCAAGUACACGGCCUGAAGAGCAAACUGUAGACCACAGAUCCUCAUCAAGAAGCAGCAAAUCGGAUUCUAAAGAAAGAAACACAAGCUUGCCAGAAGUUGACAGAGACAAGAAACCAGCGAAGGCCCCCUCAAAAGAAGUCUCUUCAGGGAAAGAGAAUCGAUCUCCUAGCAGAAAAGAAGGUCCAGAUCGACUCAGCCCAUCUGUGCAGCCCAGAAGCCACCGUUCACCAGAACGUUUACCUGUUGUUCACAACACAGACAGGGCAUCCAGACAGGACAGAUCUAUGUGCCACAAUAGAUCUCCACCGAGGAGAGGCAGAUCUCGGUCAGUUGAGAGGAGACGGAGAGAAGAAGAGCGCCAGAGACUCUCCAGUGACAGAAUGCGAUCUCGUGACAUGGCAGGAGCCCAUAGGGAAGACAGUCCCUCUAUGAGCUCUAGACGAAGGUUGAACCACUCGCCUCUCAGACGAAGGUCCCGUUCUCCCAGGAGACGGAGCAGCAGGUCUCCUCUCAGACACAGGGAACGUGACAGGAUGGAGCGCAGACAGCCGAUGCGUUCGAGAUCACAGGAGAGGCGGAGGAGAAGAAGCAAGGAAAGAGAGGACAUGUUUAAGGGCAGUCUGUCUGAAGGAAUGAAGGCUGAGCAGGAGGACUCGGACGAGGAAGUGCUGGAGGAUUAUGACGUAGAUGAAGAGGACGAGGAGGCUUUGAUAGAGCAGAGGAGACUUCAGCGCUUGGCCAUAAUGCAGAAAUAUAAGCCUGUGAAUGAGGACAGCAACAUGUCAGGACUCUCGGAUCACGGCAGUCCUCAGAGUAGCACUCACAGCCGAUCCCCAUCACCUGAUGACAUUCUUGAGCGCGUGGCCGCCGAUGUCAAAGCCUACGAGCAAGAGAACCUGGACACAUUUGAGGAUAACGUGAAGGCCAAGUAUAGUCUCGUCUCCCAAGAAAAAAAUGGUGCAAAUUCAAAAAAGCCUCCAGCCCCUGAUAUGUUCACAGAGUCAGAUGACAUGUUUGCUGCAUACUUUGAUAGUGCCAGGUUACGGGCCGCAGGAAUUGGGAAGGACUUCAAGGAAAACCCGAGUCUCAGAGAUAACUGGACGGAUGCUGAGGGAUAUUACCGUGUGAACAUUGGUGAGGUGUUGGACAAACGGUACGCGGUGUACGGCUACACUGGACAGGGCGUCUUCAGUAACGUGAUCCGAGCAAGAGACUUGGCCCGAGCCAAUCAGGAAGUGGCUGUGAAAAUAAUACGCAACAAUGAGAUGAUGCAAAAGACAGGCCUCAAAGAGUUGGAGUUUCUGAAGAAACUGAACGACGCUGAUGCUGAUGAUAAAUUUCACUGCUUGCGCCUUUUUAGACACUUUUAUCAUAAGCAGCAUUUGUGUCUGGUAUUCGAACCACUCAGCAUGAACCUGCGGGAGGUGUUGAGGAAGUAUGGCAAGGACGUUGGGCUACACAUCAAGGCUGUGCGCUCCUACAGCCAACAGCUGUUCCUGGCCCUCAAACAUCUCAAGCGAUGCAACAUCCUGCAUGCUGACAUCAAACCUGACAACAUUCUGGUGAAUGAAUCCAAAACCAUCCUCAAGCUGUGUGACUUUGGUUCAGCGUCACAUGUGGCAGACAAUGACAUAACUCCAUACCUGGUCAGCCGCUUCUACAGGGCACCUGAGAUCAUCAUUGGAAAGUCAUAUGAUUACGGAAUCGAUAUGUGGUCUGUAGGCUGCACUCUCUAUGAACUAUACACAGGGAAAAUCCUUUUUCCCGGGAAGACCAAUAACCACAUGCUGAAGCUCAACAUGGACCUCAAAGGAAAAUUGCCUAAUAAGAUGAUCAGGAAGGGUCUAUUCAAGGACCAGCACUUUGACCAAAACUUAAACUUUUUGUACACUGAGGUUGAUAAAGUCACUGAAAGGGAAAAGAUCACAGUCAUGAGCACCAUUAACCCUACUAAGGACCUGUCGAUGGACAUGGUGGGUCGCCAGGCUUUACCAGAGGACCAGCGAAAGAAGGUUGUUCAGCUGAAAGAUCUGUUGGAUCAGAUCCUGAUGCUGGACCCGGCCAAACGGAUCACCAUCAACCAGGCUUUACAGCAUCCUUUCAUCCAAGAGAGAAUAUGACCACCAGCAACACACCUCAGAGACUCAUGAUGGUUUUGUAUCUGCAUAUAUGACGCAGAAAACAAAAGAUUUUUGCAUAUUUUAUUGCCAUGCUGUUUUAUUUUUAUUUCAGAUUGUAAUAAUUUUCAGAGCAGGACACACUCAAUAUUUCUUCAAUUAUUUUUUUAUUAUUAUUUUUAGAUGACCUACAAGACGCCCUAUAUGAUGUAAAGAGAAUGCUUUCAAGAUACUCUAUAUUGUUCAGACUGCAUGCUUUAUACACAGCUUCUUGUAGCAGCUAAAAUGAAAUUAAUGUCAGAUAUAUUUGAUAUUACACUUCAGAAUGUAAGAAAACCCAGUUGGCACACCUUAUAGUUUAUGCACAGUUCUAGAAUUUGAUGUAAAGCAAAUCACCAAGGACUGUUUAGAGUGUGACAUGAGUGAGGCCAGCAUAAAUGCUGUCUAUAUCCGCCCUCCCUUAGGUGUGAGAUUGAGAACGCAACCUGGCGUGCAGGUCGACGGCAUGCCCCUUGCCCUAGGUGUGUUUCUGCUGAAUCUGAGGUCUUGGGUCCUGCUUGACCUGGUCUGCAGGGAAACCUCAUCUGUAAAGGCAGGUUGUACACCUCUGUCGGUACACUGAAGGUAAGCUAACCCUUCAAAACAAAUGGCACUAUCAGUUUGCAUUCUUUUCAAAUCCAAAAUCGUAUUUGGCUUCCUUUGCAUGUUUACAAAAUGUCGUUUAUAAAAAUGGACAUAAUGAAACCCUGUUGCUCUGUUCCAAAACAUUGCGAGGCACUUUAGACAUUCAUAUACUAUAUGCUAUAAUUGUUUGAACUAUAAUGCACUGCAGAACACUAUUCAAAGGGUAACUUUUGGUGAGAUUCUCUAAUGUUUUUCCAUUUAUUUGUUCAAAAAUAAAGUAAAAACAAGAAUCCCAGUCAAAUUUAAAAAUGUUUUGUAAUGGCAAAGCAUAAUUUUUAGCAGCCGUUAACAACAGAAAGUUGUUAGGAACUGCAAAUAUUUGGUAAUAUAAAAUUUUUAACAGCACAAAUGUCUUUAUGGUCACUUUUGUGUAUACAUAUAUGUAUUGAAGAGUUCAGAUGCAAAAGCCUCUAGGUGCCAUCAGAAAUAUUAGUUGAAAAAUAGAAGAUAAUCCUGUGUGAAGCUUCAGUAAUUUUCCUUUUUUGGCGAUGAGUAGGUUAUUUUAAUAACUCAACACAGGCUGUGAAAAGUGCUCGAUUUAGAAUACAAUUUCAAAAACAGACGAGGCUUUUGCA